CCUGGGCGAGCAGCAUGGCCAUCCCGAAAGACGGCGGCGGAGGCGCCCACCGGCCCGGGUCCCUGAAGCAGCAGAACAAACCGCACAAAGCAGGCAGACACCGCCGCAACAGCGCCCGGAGGCAGGCUGUCCAUGUCUCUGCCAAGACCCUCAGCUGCCAAAAGCGCCGUAACUUGGCCAAAUUGGAUCGCAAACAUCAGGCGUUGCAGCUCCGUCGGCAGUCCAAGGAGGCGGUGCUGGCGGAGAAGCGAAACUUGGGCCACAAGAAUGGGCCUCCACACCUGGUGGUCGUGGUCUCACUGCAUGCUAAUGUUGAUAGCCAAAGAGUCUUGCAUCUAUUUCAAAGCAGCGAGACUUCUGUUGUGUGCCAGGAGAGGGGUCUCCCAGGCUUUGCCUUGCUGUGCCCCCGAUCUAAGUUGCGAUGGCAGUUCGUGGUAGCUGAUAGAGAGAACCUUCUUGCUGUUCUGGACCUUGCUAAAGUUGCAGACACCCUCCUCUUUGUCCUUGAUCCACUUGAAGGCUGGGAUGCCACUGGCAAUUACUGUCUGUCUUGUAUCUUUGCACAGGGGCUCCCCAGCUAUGGCCUUGCUGUUCAAGGUCUUGCUGAGCAACCGCUGAAGAAACAAAUUGACUUGCAGAAAAAACUGAGGAAAAUGACUGAGAAGAGGUUCUCUGAGGCCAAGCUCUUCCCCCUCAACACACAGCAGGACUCUGCACUUCUGCUGCACCACCUUGCUGUCCAGAAGCAGCGACGUCUGGCAUUCCGGGACCAACGAGCCCACCUGCUGGCUGAUGCUGUAGAAUUUGUACCAAGGCCAGGCAGUGCCUUGGUGGGGACUCUGAAGGUGUCUGGCUAUGUGAGAGGACGGAGCUUGAAUGUCAACAGUUUGGUGCAUAUUGUGGGUCACGGGGACUUUCAGAUGAGCCAGGUGGAUGCUGCUGCAGAACUACUAAAGUUGAGCGCUACUAAAGGGCAGCCUAGACGAGGCCAAGAUGUUGAGGCCAAUCUUUGCAGUGGAGUGGUUGAGAUGGAGGAAGGUGUGAGGGUUUUAAUGAGAGCUGAUCCUAGCAAGCAGGAAUCUCUGCAGUCGGAGAUUGUCCCUGAUCCCAUGGAAGGAGAGCAGACCUGGCCCACCAUGGAAGAGCUGAACGAGGCAGCAGAAUCCCUCAAGCACAGCAAGAAGAUGUCUAAGAGGGUCCCGAAAGGCACUUCUGCCUACCAAGCUGCUUGGAUUGUUGAUGAGACAGAAGGCGAGAGUGGCAGUGAUUAUGAAGAGCAAGAUGAGGAAAACGGGAUGGAGGAAAAUAGAUUUAUGGAAGAGGCCAUCUCCCAGGAUGGGAGCAGCAGUGAAGAGGAGGAAGUAGCUACAGAGGAUGAAGAGUGUGAGUCCAUGAUGCUGCCAGAUAUGGAAGAAGAUGUUGAGAAGAUGGAGGAAGAGGAGGCAGUGCUGGAGAAGUACCGGCGGGAGCGACAGGAUGAGAUGUUUCCAGAUGAAGUGGAUACUCCGCGGGAUGUGCCAGCUAGGAUCCGCUUCCAGAAAUACAGGGGACUGAAAAGCUUCCGGACAUCCCCAUGGGACCCCAGUGAGAACCUGCCCAGGGACUAUGCCCGGAUCUUCCAGUUCCAGGAUUUCUUUCAGACCCGGAAGCAUGUCUUUCGACAGCUGAAGAAGGAGGAGGGCGAUGACGUUGCGGUUGGUUGCUACGUGACGCUUCACAUUUGCAAUGCUCCAGUCUCUGUAAUGGAGAGUUUCCAACAGCAGCUGCCUCUGGUGCUCUUUGUACUGCUUCCUUAUGAGCAAAAGAUGUCUGUACUGAACCUCGUGGUCAGACGCUUCGCAGGUCACACUGAGCCUAUUCAGGCCAAGGAGGAGGUGAUCGUUCAUUGUGGAUUCCGCCGGUUCCAAACCUCACCUCUUUAUUCCCAGCACAGCUCAGCGGCCAAACACAAACUGGAACGGUUUCUGCGUGCCGAUGGUGCUACAGUAGCUACCAUGUAUGGCCCGAUCACUUUCCCACCAGCUUCUGUGUUGCUGUUCAAGCAGAGGAGUGAUGGAGCACAUGAUCUCCUUGCCACAGGCUGUCUGCUCAGCGUUGACCCCAACAGGGUGAUCCUCAAGCGAGUGGUGCUCAGUGGCCACCCUUUCAAAAUCCACAGCAAGGUGGCUGUUGUACGCUACAUGUUCUUCAACAAAGAGGAUGUGUUGUGGUUCAAACCAGUAGCACUACGGACCAAGUGGGGUCGGCGUGGGCACAUCAAAGAACCCCUGGGUACCCAUGGCCUGAUGAAAUGCCAGUUUGACGGGCAGCUGAAGUCCCAGGACACAGUGCUGAUGACCCUGUACAAACGGGUCUUCCCAAGAUGGAUAUACAACCCCUGUGUUCCAGGACUGGGCAGGACCAGGGAGAGUGUGCUUUGCCAAGGGGAGGAAAUGGACUAAAAACCAGCCUAGAUUCAAUUUAUAUCUUGAUUGUGGAAGCCUGUGAGAAGUGUGGCUGAUCAGCUGGAAAGCUUCACUCCUUCUGCCCUGGAAGGUGGGAGGGAAAGAAGCCCUUCGUUCUUCUUCAGUGCUGCAGGGCCCCGAGUCCCUCCUGCAGCUGACCUGGCUGCAAGGGCUUCAAUGAAUAAAAGUUCCUCACGUGC